AUGGACAAAAAGACCUCAACUUAUUUUUCAUUGUUUGUGACGAGGUAUGUUUUUAUUUUAUUCCAGAUGAUAGAAAUGAUUUUUUUUUUUAGCUCGAUACUCUUUGAACUGAUAUACUUGAUCGAGGAGCAAAAAAAGUGAGAGAGGUUCGUUAACAUGAGAAAAAGCUUUCAGAGACGGAAAAAGGUCUUUAAAAGGGACCUUUCCAAAUAAUUUUUUUUUUCGGAUUUAAUACAUCAGAAACUUUUUGAAACGCAACGUAUAUGAAUAAAAACAGAAAGAAUGCGCUGAAGAAGUUGAAAAAAAAUGAAGAAAAAUGGGAUUUUUUUCUUCAAAAAGGAGUGAGUAAAAAGGCGUAAAACGAUAGUUUUCUCGAAAAAGCAAAAGAAAAAAAAAUAUUGGAGCCCUUUUUUUUUUUUUCAAAUUUGCUUCAUUUAAAACCGCAAAAUAACGAAAAAAAAUUACGUUCAGGAUGGUUUCCCUUUUCACAAAGAAGUCCACCGAGGCAAUGGCUAUGGAAAUUGUCAAUAUUUUUCGUCUUAUUUCGAUUUCUGGGCGACAUUUCGAUUCUUAUAUCUUCACAGGUUUGCUAAAAAAAAAAUUAUUUCUUUGUUGUUUCUAAAAGAAUAUUAUAUUUUUUUCAGCUCGGCAAAACGGUCUCCGCCUACGUAACCGGCUUUUUCUCCGAAAUGCCGUUUCUCUUGGCCGUUCCAUCUUUUCAUUUUAA